AUGCUUAGUGCCAUUAGAGAGUCGCCAACCCAGAGGCCCUGCCUCGCCCACGACAAAACGUGGCGAAAGAAAUGCACGAUCGAGAAUUUUAUCCAUUUCACGGCGAGAGAUGAAUUUGAAGCGACCUACGAGAGGAAUAUUGACUUACCUAUCAUGGGGAUGGGCGUGAAGUCGGUGGCCAUUGCGAUCGACGAUGUUGGGUACACUACAGCGCCACAGCGAGAAGAGAAACCUGCUGGCACGAAUCCUAACGUAAGAGAGAGAGCAGGGAAAGUUCCUCUCUUGUUUCGUGUCAGUGAUUUAUCGAAACCCAAGAAAUUUAUGGAAUUGAACUGACACCUGUUUUCCAAUUUUGCUUGCAACUCUACUAAAAAUUGUUUUAUAUCAUCAUGGACCUUUUGCAUGAUAUUAUGCUCAUUGAACCAUCACUGAGAAAAGAUGGGUUGAGGCUCAAUGCCUCAAUCUCAAUGUGCCAGACCAAAAAGGUAUUAUCUGAGAAUCAGUAGAAGGUAACUUGAAACGAGAAGAUAGCAUCUUUUUACUUUUUUCCAUGGAUAAUAAUAUAGAAUUAACUGAACUGUAAAACUUAUUGCAAUAAUUCCCCAUAUUGAGUGGAGAGAUGAUGAUGAUGAUGAUGAUGAUAGGGAAAUAACAAAUGACAUCAUAAAUCGAGAGUAGGAGAGAUUCCAAUAAGAGGUAACUUCUUUGCUUUGCUUCUAAAACCCUCGACCCUUAUUCACCCACUCUCAUUUAAUUGUUCAAGUAAGCUUCAGAUUUAUCUUAUCGUUGAUUUGGUCCCAUCUGGUCCCAUCAUUGUCUAGAGGAAUUUAAGGGGUGCAUCUAUUAG